GACCCCUCACACAUUUUCAGAGUAGAACCUUCACUCACUCUCUUCAGCAUAAAAUUCCUCUCUUUUUGUUAUUUUCUCUUCAUUUUUUUUUGUCUCUGCAUUUUCUUUCUUUCUUUCCAAAAUGACUAGGAUGUCUUGUCUCUUGGGAUUUUCUGUGUGUUUUUUGUUUGUUGGGUUAGUUGCUUCUUCUAAAUUUGAGGAACUUUUUCAACCUGGUUGGGCUAUGGACCAUUUUGAACAUCAAGGAGAUUUACUCAAACUCAAACUUGACAAUUAUUCUGGUGCUGGAUUUGGAUCUAAGAGCAAGUAUAUGUUUGGGAAAGUGACUGUGCAGCUUAAGCUUGUGGAGGGUGAUUCUGCUGGAACUGUUACUGCUUUCUAUAUGUCAUCAGAAGGCCCAAAUCAUAAUGAAUUUGAUUUUGAGUUUUUGGGCAACACCACUGGUGAACCAUACUCAGUUCAAACCAAUGUGUAUGUUAAUGGUGUUGGUAAUAGGGAACAAAGACUUAACCUAUGGUUUGAUCCAUCUAAGGAUUUUCAUACCUACUCAAUUUUUUGGAACCAACGUCAAGUUGUGUUUCUAGUGGAUGAGACACCAAUAAGGGUACACACAAAUUUGGAACACAAAGGAAUUCCUUUUCCAAAAGACCAAGCAAUGGGGGUAUACAGUUCAAUAUGGAAUGCAGAUGAUUGGGCCACACAAGGUGGACGUGUGAAAACAGAUUGGAGUCAUGCACCUUUUGUUGCUACCUACAAAGAUUUUGAGAUUAAUGCUUGUGAAUGUCCUGUGCCAGUGACAUCAAAUGAUAAUGCUAAGAAAUGUAGUAGUAGUGAAGAUAAAAAAUAUUGGUGGGAUGAGCCUAUGUUAUCUGAACUCACUAUUCAUCAAAGUCAUCAACUUAUUUGGGUUAGGGCUAAUCAUAUGGUUUAUGAUUAUUGUGCUGAUACCGCUAGGUUCCCCGUCAUACCUGUUGAAUGUGUUCGUCACCAUCACCAGUGAUAUUUUUGGGUGCAUAAUAAAUGGGGAGUUCGAUUACUAUAAUUUUGGGUGCAUAAAUAAAUUUUGAAAUUUGCGACAAGAGUUAGAUAUUUAUGCAUUUGAAAUUAUAAUUCGAGCUUUUUAUUUUGAUUUUGGAAGGGGUUAUGGAAUGAAACAAGUGUGUGAACAUGUACUUCAUGUGUCACAUUGUAAUAUAUUUAUUUAUUUUGCAAUGGUAUUAAUUAUGUGAAUUAUUUUAUUCUA